GUUGUGUUAAGAUUUCAGUCGUUAGCACGCGAAGGAUGAGCAUUUUUUUUCUCGAUGAUUUCGCAUGGUCUCCGCAAGAUCAACGAAUCUUGCAAAUUCUCCGGAUACGCCCAAACGAGAUUUGUGGAUGUACCCUCCGUCGAGCGUAUAGAGCGGCUAUUGAUCGAAUUAUCACAGAGUCAUCAGACGCUGAAAGAGAACGAGAUGAAGUGGACGAAUUAUACGCUCAGGUAAUGCAAAGUCAUGGAGAUACGGUCAUCAACACAUAUCGCCUCAGCGCGGAGAUAUUAUCCGCUCUUCGUAGUGGUCCAUUACCUAUAUGGGUGACGUGUGGUGGGCGUGGGUUUUAUCCCGCGGAGGAGAGGCAUGACCUCGGGAGUGGGAGCACGCGCUAUUCCGCGCGUCUCGAUGGGCUCCGCGGCGGGGCCGAGAACGACCUGUCCAACCAGGACUGGUCAGCUCUUCUCUCCGCUGUGCCGCCGGUAGAGCGCUUCGCAGAGGAGAUGUGGAACGUGACGGGUCGGCGCGGGCGCGGUAAUGCCAUGGAGAUGAUUUGCGGGGUCGCGUACACCUGUGCGGUUGGUGGUCGGAAUUUGGGUGUGGACGGCGGUCGCUUAGAGUUCGCGAGUCUGGAAACGGUAAACCGCUGGGCAAUGGUGUG